UUCGUGAGCGUGCACGCUAGGUCCAUAGAAUAUUCUGGCUCCUCGACGGCUUCCGCAAGAGAGACACAUCGUCCGGCAUGUUAUUUUAGUUUUUUUUUUAUGCUUUCGUGAAUUGCGCUGAUAUUCUCAACAGGUGCGAUGCAGCAGACGCUGACUCCUCACGUCUACUGGGCUCAGCGGCAUGAGGACAUCUACCUGCGAGUGGAGCUGAUUGACGCGCAGAAUAUUGACAUCAGCGUGCAUGAUAAUGUCCUCCAAUUCAGGGCCCAGGGCCAUGGAGCAAGAGGACAGAAUGAUUAUGAGUUUAGUCUGCCGUUUCUUAAUGCUGUGAAGACAGAGAUGAGCCACAGGUCGACACAACGCCAGGUUAACAUCACAGUGCGUAAGCAGCUGAGUGGCUGGUGGCACAGACUCACCCUACAGGAGAAGAAACCUCUGUUCCUGGCUCCUGACUUCGACCGCUGGAUGGACGAGUCUGACGCUGAGAUGGAGCUACGGGAGAAGGAGGAGAAAAAGAAUCGACUGAACAUGGAGUCAAGGCUGUCGGAGGACUCAUACAUCACUCUGAAGAAAGCUUUUCUGUUCACCUACAACCUGGUUCAGUUCUUGGGCUUCUCCUGGAUCUUCGUCAACAUGACCAUCCGGCUCUUUAUACUGGGACAAGAUUCUCUCUAUGACACAUUCUACACCAUCUCCGACGUGAUGUUUUUCUGCCAAAUAUUAGCCAGUGUAGAAGUCCUCAAUGCUAUGUUUGGAGUGGUCAAGGCUGCGGUGGUUCCUGCCUUUAUACAGGUAUGGUACUGUCUUUGUUUUCAGGUACUCUACUUUCAAUCUGAGCAUUCGCUGUUGGCACAAACGCCACUUCAACACGGACAGCAUCAGGGAACACAGGGGUAGUUUACUGUGGUCGUU